AUCCAUUGCGGCAACAACGCGAACUCAAUGGCCUCUGCGUUUGCUCCUCUCCGGGGCAAGGCGUUAGGCCAUGCCCUGCGCGGCGCGCCGGCCGCGUUGCUGCCGGGGUUCCUGGUGCCGGCAUGGCAGAGGCUGGCGGCUCAGCAGCAGCGACAGCGACGGCGACAACAGCAGCACCAAUUCUCGACGACGACCAAACGGCCCUCGAAGCUGGGACGGACGCCGAUUUCGAUACCGCCGGGCGUGGAGCUGACCGUGGGGGAGGCCAAGUCGAUACGGAGCGCGACGUCGUAUGCGGCGAUGGUCAAGAGGACGAUUACGAUUAAGGGGCCGCUAGGGACCCUGGAAAUGGAUGUGCCAGAGUACGUCGGCUUGACGCAGAACCCGGAGGACCGGACGGCGUUGCUGAGCGUCGACGAUGCAAACGUGAGGCACCAGAGGGAGAUGUGGGGCACAACGUGGUCGUACCUCAACAACCACAUCAUGGGCGUCUCGGAGGGCCACACGGCGAUCCUGCGGCUCGUGGGCGUGGGGUACCGAGCGACCGUGGAGCGGCGGGGCGGCAAGGAGACGUUCCCGGGGCAAAAGUUCCUGUGCCUCAAGCUCGGCUUCACGCACCCGGUGGAGGAGGGGAUCCCGCGCGGCGUGACGGCGACGGCGCCGGCGCCGACGCGCAUCCUGCUCGAGGGGCCGGACCGCGAGGUGCUCAUGUCGUUUGCGGGGCGGGUGCGCAAGUGGCGGCCGCCGGAGCCGUACAAGGGCAAGGGCGUCUUCAUCAACGACCAGACCAUCAAGCUAAAGCAAAAGAAGAUUAAGUAGAUGUGGGGGGUUUCUGUUGAACGGACGGCAGUCGCCAUGGGGCAAGUGCGUCUGCUACGGGAUUGGGGAUUGGUGUGUAGAAGAAAGACUUGUACUACUAGCAUGGCUGUCAUAUACUGGGGGG